UCCUGCUUUCUGAAUAUUUAUGAGGGAGGCGGGUCGACGCCGCUUCUCGCAGCGCCCGGCGCCAUGAAGCUCAACGUGGACGGGCUGCUGGUCUACUUCCCUUACGACUACAUCUACCCGGAGCAGUUCUCCUACAUGCUGGAGCUCAAGCGCACGCUGGACGCCAAGGGUCAUGGAGUCCUGGAGAUGCCCUCAGGCACUGGGAAGACAGUGUCCCUGUUGGCACUGAUCAUGGCAUACCAGAGGGCAUAUCCACUGGAAGUGACUAAACUCAUCUACUGCUCAAGAACUGUGCCUGAGAUUGAGAAGGUCAUUGAAGAGCUGCGAAAGUUGCUCAACUUCUAUGAGAAGCAGGAGGGUGAGAAGCUGCCAUUUUUGGGGCUUGCUCUGAGCUCCCGGAAGAACCUGUGUAUUCAUCCUGAGGUGAUGCCCUUGCGCUUUGGGAAAGAUGUCGACGGGAAAUGCCACAGCCUCACAGCCUCGUACGUGCGGGCGCAGUACCAGCAGGACUCCAGCUUGCCCCACUGCCGCUUCUACGAGGAAUUUGAUGUCCAUGGGCGCCAGGUGCCCCUCCCUGCUGGGAUCUACAACCUGGAUGACCUGAAGGCCCUGGGGCAGCGCCAGGGCUGGUGCCCAUACUUCCUUGCCCGCUACUCGAUCCUGCACGCCAAUGUGGUGGUUUACAGUUACCACUACCUCUUGGACCCCAAGAUUGCAGAGCUGGUGUCUAAGGAGCUGGCCCGGAAGGCUGUCGUGGUCUUUGAUGAGGCCCACAACAUUGACAAUGUCUGCAUCGACUCGAUGAGUGUCAACAUCACUCGCCGGACCCUUGACCGCUGCCAGGGCAACCUGGAGACCUUACAGAAGACGGUGCUCAGGAUCAAGGAGACAGAUGAGCAGCGUCUGCGGGAGGAGUACCGACGCCUGGUAGAGGGGCUGCGGGAGGCCAGUGCUGCCCGGGAGACCGAUGCCCACCUGGCCAACCCCGUGCUUCCUGAUGAGGUGCUACAGGAGGCGGUCCCCGGCUCCAUCCGCACGGCUGAACACUUCCUGGGCUUCCUACGGCGGCUGCUGGAAUACGUCAAGUGGCGGCUGCGGGUACAGCACGUGGUGCAGGAGAGCCCCCCUGCCUUCCUCAGCGGCCUGGCCCAGCGUGUGUGCAUCCAGCGCAAGCCCCUCAGAUUCUGUGCCGAACGCCUCCGCUCCCUCUUGCACACCCUGGAGAUUGCCGAUCUUGCGGACUUCUCUCCCCUCACCCUCCUCGCUAACUUCGCCACCCUCGUCAGCACCUAUGCCAAGGGUUUCACCAUCAUCAUCGAGCCCUUUGAUGACAGGACCCCCACCAUUGCCAACCCCAUCCUGCACUUCAGCUGCAUGGAUGCUUCACUGGCCAUCAAACCCGUGUUUGAGCGUUUCCAGUCUGUCAUCAUCACAUCUGGGACGCUGUCCCCACUGGACAUCUACCCCAAGAUUCUGGACUUCCACCCCGUCACCAUGGCAACCUUCACCAUGACGCUGGCCCGGGUCUGCCUCUGCCCUAUGAUCAUUGGUCGUGGCAAUGACCAGGUGGCCAUUAGCUCUAAAUUUGAGACCCGGGAAGAUAUUGCGGUGAUCCGGAACUAUGGGAACCUCCUGCUGGAGAUGUCUGCUGUUGUCCCUGAUGGCAUCGUGGCCUUCUUCACCAGCUACCAGUACAUGGAGAGCACCGUGGCUUCCUGGUAUGAGCAGGGCAUUCUUGAAAACAUCCAGAGGAAUAAGCUGCUCUUCAUUGAGACCCAAGAUGGGGCUGAGACCAGCGUUGCCCUGGAGAAGUACCAGGAGGCCUGUGAGAAUGGCCGUGGAGCCAUCCUGCUGUCAGUGGCCCGAGGCAAAGUGUCCGAGGGAAUUGACUUUGUGCACCACUACGGGCGGGCUGUCAUCAUGUUCGGUGUCCCCUACGUCUACACCCAGAGCCGUAUUCUUAAGGCACGGCUGGAGUACCUACGUGACCAGUUCCAGAUCCGAGAAAAUGACUUCCUCACCUUCGAUGCCAUGCGCCACGCAGCCCAGUGUGUGGGUCGUGCCAUUCGGGGCAAGACGGACUAUGGCCUCAUGGUCUUUGCUGAUAAGCGGUUUGCCCGGGCAGACAAGCGUGGGAAACUGCCUCGCUGGAUCCAGGAGCACCUCACUGAUGCCAACCUCAACCUGACUGUUGACGAGGGAGUCCAGGUUGCCAAGUACUUCCUGAGGCAGAUGGCUCAGCCAUUCCACCGGGAGGACCAGCUGGGCCUGUCCCUGCUUAGCCUGGAGCAGCUGGAAUCAGAAGAGACGCUGCGGAGGAUAGAGCAGAUUGCUCAGCAGCUGUAGCUCCAGGUGGGGACAGGGCCAUAAAAGGUGUUUGUGGUGACUCCGGAGUCUUACCUGGCCCUGGGUCCCAGCGGCUUGGAGGUGGCCUCGGGUCCUUACAGGAAAGCUGAGGCAGACAUUCCUGGCUUCCAAGUCUACAGCCUUUAAUCGCAGGGAAGCCCCGUACAGAGGGUGCCCCCCAGGAGGUGUGGGGGCAACUCGGAGAGACAGAAGGCCGUCCCCUCCCCCCCUUUCUGAGAAGCAGCAGCCACACUGUCCUGUCAGCUUCAGCGGGGGCCCAGGUCCUGGGUGCUGGCGCUGAGGGUCCGUGCGGCCUCGCUCAGGUGCUGAUGGGGGAACUGUGGACACGGCAGGGGAUCGGCAAGGGGCAGGAUACAGCUGUGCUUCGGUCGCCACAAGGGCCUACCCCCUAGCAUCCUCGCUGCUGGCUCGUCCCUCCCGUCUCUAUCCCAGCUAGAACCUGUCCGUUCUGACCCUACCCACCUCUCCCUUGCCUCUGGGCCUGCCAGCAUGGCCUCCUACUCCAUCCUUGCCCCAGGUGCCCCUGUCCCCUCUCACCUGGGUCCCAGCAGCCUUUGGACCAUCUGUGUUCAGCAUGUUGAGCGACAUGGCUCUCUUCAUCCUGUAAGGGGAGGGUGGGAGGAUGAGUCUGAGUGUCUGCCUCACACUUUGGGGAGGACUUCCCUGACACUGGCUUUGACUGUGUGGCAGAGGAGAUGGGAACCCUGGAAGGUUCUGGAAUAGGACAGGGAGCGGGGUGGGUUGCAGAGGCUGCAGCCCUCGGGGCUCUUUGCUGCCCCACUUGAACACUCACCCGGCUGCCCCUGCCACCCCCUCGCCUCGGAGACGGGAGACCAGCUUCUCACUUCCACGCCUUAGGGACUCACGGAUCUUGGAGAAGGAGCUGCUCCGACGGAGGGUCUGGGGAGGGCGCCAGGGACACCGGUCAGUCCCCCCUUCUCAUCUGCUCCCCACCCCAGGAGCCAAAGCGAAGCCCCUCCUCCAUCCUCACCUGUUCUGCAUCACCAGUUGUGCCCACGUUGGGGGCUCCUAGGAACAGAGAGGGGACAGUGCAAUGGAGACACUGAGAAUGUCACCUGAGGGGGGAGGGGCCGGGGGCUCACCCAGGGGAGCAGGCAGGUCCUCCCGGCUCAGGAUCUCUUUGUACAGCUCUUCUGCUUGCUGGUACUUGUUCUGUUUUAGGUAGGCCGAGGCCUGCGGGGAGGGUGGGUGAUCGAGGCUCAGAUCUGGAGCUCCCCAGGCAUAUCCUCUCCCUCUCCCCCCUCAUGACCUAGGGCAGGUGAUUGGUUCCUGCUCCACCUUGGGCUAGUGAUACCACCGUUGUGCCUCAGUUUCCUCAUUUGCAAAAUGGGGUGACAGGAGCAUCUACCUCCUAGUGUCCUUUAAGAAAUGGACAGUAUAGGGAAAGUAUUAAGAAAGGGGGUCCAGAGCUCAAUAAAUAUGAGACGGUCAUCUGGCCCCACCAA